UUUCCAUCCAAAAGUAAUUUAAAUUGUACAGAUUGAACAGGACUUCCAAGGAGAAUUGCUGUCUCAUUUUGGUUUAAAAUGAUUACCAAACUAUUCAUUAUUUUAGCACUGAUCACAUUUAGUCAGACUACCGACUAUUGCAACAAACAGUUAUGCCAACGCAUUGUGGGUGGAAAAUUGUUGCAGCACAUUGGAUGUAAAAACAACGGAAAUUUCGGACCAAAAUGUCCCAAAGACCGAAGUAUCGAACCAAUGACGGCAGAACGCAUUUCUCUUUUACUGCAGUCACACAAUCAACUGCGAAGUGAUAUUGCCACUGGGAAAAUUCAAAGAUAUGACCAAGCCGAUCAAAUGAUUGAAAUGGAAUGGGAUCAUGAAUUGGCUCGACUGGCGGAAAUGAAUGUUAAGACCUGUAUAUUUGCGCAUGACCAAUGCAGAAGCACAGAUCAGUAUCCAUUACCUGGUCAAAACAUUCAUAUAACUUGGUUCAAAAAUCAAGAUUACGAAGAUGUUGAUUUUAAUUUGGUCGAGUCCACAAAAUCAUGGUUCCGCGAACACGAACUGUGCGACAUGUCAUUUAUCCACAGCUACCGAAGAUCUGAUAAAAAAAUUGGCCAUUUCACCCAGAUUGUAAAGGCUGCUGCUGAUAGAGUUGGAUGUGCCCUGGCGAAAUACGACGAUGGCAAACAGAAAAAUAUGCUUUUGACUUGUAACUACUCCGUGGGAGACAUACUGGAUGAGCCAAUUUACACAACGGGGAAACCGUGUUCGAAAUGUCUGUCCGGUUGUAGUCAAUUGUACAGUGGAUUAUGCAAUUCGAAUGAAAAGACUUAUUGGGUUAAUGGCAAUGGAAACAAAUAUUAGAAUUUUUGUAAAAAUAUCAGAUUAGUAAUUUGAUGCGAUCGCAAAAUGUAUGUUACACCAGAUGAAGUAAAAGAUUUUGUGUUUCAA